AUGAUAUGUCGCUCCUGCUGGACCCAUUUUUCUAACAAAAAGUUGCCUUGGUCGUUGUUACCGGUGAUCGUGGUCUUUGCGGAGGUUUCAACAAUGCUAACUGUCAUCAAGAAAGCCGAAGCAAGAAUUGCAGAAUUGACGGAGCUUGGACUUGAUUAUACUGUAAUUAGUGUGGGGAAGAAGGGUAAUUCAUAUUUUAUCCGUAGGCCUUUCAUUCCAGUGGAUAGGUUUCAAGAGGGUAGUACACUCCCUACGGCCAAAGAAGCUCAGGCAAUUGCAGAUAAUGUUUUUUCACUUUUUGUUAGUGAAGAAGUUGAUAAAGUAGAGCUUUUGUACACCAAGUUCGUAUCGUUGGUUAAGUCUAAUCCUGUGAUCCAUACUUUGCUUCCACUCUCACCAAAGGGAGAGACCUGUGAUGUAAAUGGGGUUUGUGUUGAUGCUGCUGAGAAUGAGUUCUUCAGAUUGACAACCAAGGAAGGGAAACUGACAGUUGAGAGAGAAGUUGUGAGGACUGAGAUAAUGGAAUUCUCUCCCAUUUCGCAGUUUGAGCAGGAUCCAGUUCAGAUUCUUGAUGCUUUAUUGCCUCUCUAUCUCAACAGCCAGAUUUUGAGGGCUUUGCAAGAACCAUUAACUAGUGAGCUUGCUGCUUGGAUGAGUGUCAUGAGCAAUGCCACUGAUAAUGCCCAGGAAUUGAAUUGA